CCCCCAGAAAUCGAGAUGCAUUACUCCCUAUGCCCUUUGUCCUGUGUACCUGUUUCAUGGUGUCCUUGCCAACAUCUAGGGUGGGGGGAGGUGAUAGGGCGUGAGCAAGUUACUGACAGCCCAAGCAGGAAGUAUGAUGCUCACACUCCUGGACAGGGAGGAGACAGGAGGCGGGAACAGCUGAAGUUGCUCAACUGGCUGGAGAUCCAGGUCCAGCAUAAAAGUCCUGCUGGAGUGUGCAGUGGAGUGGACGGUGCUCAGACCAGGACCAUGGAGCCCAGUGUCCUGCUCCUCCUUGCUCUCCUCAUGGGCUUCUUACUGCUCCUGGUCAGGGGCCACCCAAAGGCUCAUGGUCACCUCCCACCAGGACCCCGUCCCCUGCCCAUCUUGGGGAACCUCCUGCAGAUGGACAGAGGAGGCUUCCUCAACUCCUUCAUGCGGCUUCGAGAAAAAUAUGGAGACGUGUUCACAGUGCACCUGGGACCGAGGCCUGUGGUCAUGCUGUGCGGGACAGAGGCCAUAAGGGAGGCUCUGGUGGACCAAGCUGAGGCUUUCUCUGGACGGGGGACAAUGGCUGUGUUUGACCCAGUUGCACAAGGAUAUGGUAUGUUCUUUUCCAGUGGCGAACGCUGGAAGACCCUUCGGCGGUUCUCUCUGGCCACGCUGAAGGACUUAGGGAUGGGCAAGAGGAGUGUGGAGGAGCGGAUACAGGAGGAGGCCCUACAUAUGGUGGAGGAGCUGAGGAAAUCCCAGGGAACACCCCUGGACCCCACCUUCCUCUUCCACUACUUUACAGCCAACAUCAUCUGCUCCAUUGUCUUUGGAGAACGUGUUGACAAAAAAGACCGCCAGUUCCUGCAUGUGCUAGACCGGACCUAUCAGACCAUCUCACUCACCAGCUCAUUCUCAGGCCAGAUGUUUGAGCUCUAUUCGGGUUUCCUGAAGUUCUUUCCUGGUGCCCACAGACAAAUCUGCAAAAACAUGCAGGAAAUCCUUGACUACAUUGGCCACAGCGUGGAGAAGCACCAGGCAACUUUGGAUCCCAACAAUCCAAGAGACUUCAUUGAUACCUACCUUAUACGCAUGGAGAAGGAGAAGUCCAACCAACACACAGAGUUCCAUCACCAGAACCUCAUGAUCUCCGCGCUGUCUCUCUUCUUUGCUGGCACCGAGACCAGCAGCACCACGCUCCGCUAUGGCUUCCUGUUCAUGCUCAAAUACCCCCAUGUUGCAGAGAAAGUCCAAAAGGAGAUCGAUCAGGUGAUCGGCUCACACCGCCCACCAACCCUUGAGGACCGCACCAAAAUGCCUUACACUGAUGCCGUCAUCCACGAGAUUCAGAGAUUUUCAGAUCUUGUCCCGAUUGGAGUGCCACACAAAGUCACCAAAGACACUUCGUUCCGAGGGUACCUGCUCCCCAAGAACACUGAAGUGUACCCCAUCCUGAGUACAGCUCUCCAUGACCCACGGUACUUUAAACAACCAGAUAUCUUCAAUCCUGACAACUUUUUGGAUGCCAGUGGGUCUCUGAAGAAAAAUGACGCUUUUAUGCCCUUCUCUAUAGGAAAGCGCAUUUGUCUCGGCGAAAGCAUUGCCCGCAAUGAAUUGUUCCUUUUCUUCACCACCAUCCUCCAGAACUUCUCUGUGUCCAGUCCCGUGGCUCCUAAGGACAUUGACCUCAGGCCCAAGGAGAGUGGCUUGAACAAUGUGCCCCCAACAUACCAGAUCUGCUUCUUGGCCCGCUGACUGAGCUGAGGUGGCCAGGUGUCUCCACUCCUGUUAAGAAUGGCCCCAUCUUUCUGCCUCUGGGAGAUCUGCUGCCAACCAGGCCAUAGGUCACUGCUCACACAGUUCCACCUUACUGCAGCUUCUGCAAAGCUCCGAGGUGUGUUCUUCUGCCCUGACAAUGGCACUGGGAAAAUCACUCAAUGUCUUUCUUGAUGUGUGAACCAAGAGACUUCUGGAGGCCACAUCUCAUGCUGAGUCAGUUCCCUAUUGCGCCCAAAUUCCACAGUUUCCACGUAGAAACUUCUGGUGCUCAGUGAAACAAUCUAAUGAAUGUCGGAGGUCAUGUCAGAGGAGGAAUAGGUGGAAAUUGAAGUUCAAGGUGUCAGCUCACCAGGAGGAAAAUUCCCUGAUGGGUCAAUUUCAUUUAAACUAUGAAACCACAGACUCUGGAGUGUCUCUUGCUUCUGCUGUCCCUUUACAUGUUUACGCAUUUUUAUCUGUGGAUUGUCAAGAAGAUGAUUUCUCCCUAAAUAUACUGUCUAAUUAAUAUAAUGUUAGCUUAUAUAGAAUUUUGAGAAAAUAAAAUAAAUAACAAGGAAAUGAUACACAGUCAGGGCCUAUGAGUUUCCCCUAAGUGACUAUUGCAGAACACAACUCAGGUUAAGAAAAGCAAUGACCCAGGCUGUUUCAAAUUCCUUGAAUCUUAGUGCUAGAAAAGGCAGUCACAGGUUUUGGUUGCAUCAUUAGUUGAAACAAAGCUUCAAAAUAACUUUAGAUCAGACCAGAUGCACUGAAAAUAAUGUUUUUAAGAUAAACUGCCCUAGAAAAACAAUUUAAAGUUCACAAUGACACAUGGCUGAGCUGUCAAUUUAUGUAGGCUAGAGUCAUAAGUACAAAACAGCCCAAUUAUUGCCAGCUGACAGAUGACUAAUUUCUUACACCCAUUCCUGACCUAAAUUGCUGAAAUGGUAUACACCAUGAAGAUUUGAAUUUCAGCUGACUGACUUUUUUAUGUAUAUAAGUUUUGGGUCCUGGUAUUGUACAAAUAAAUGGGAGUAGAACACCAAAGUCUAGAAAUAGAAGCAACUUUUUGUUCAGGAGCUCCAUUGGGGAAGAAAAUUCUGAUUAUUCAGGAUUGUAGAGAGUAAUUUGACUCUGUAGCCCCCCAAGAGGGAACUGCAGGUUUCUUUUUGUGGUCUGUGGUCACACAUAGGACAGAAAGUACAUUUUGAGAUUUAAAGCAUCAUGGUGACACAGUAUCCAGGAGUGCAGACUGAGCUGAAGCUAAGAAAUUUACAGUAUCUUGGGAAUGAUGCCUUGAGCCUGAACUAGAGGAUUUAUGACACUCCAGGCACCUCUGAGAGCCCAAGAGAGCCUGGAAUUUAGGAUUUCUAACUAUAGAGUGUUAGUUCAAAAUGUUUACACGGUUGUGGGUUAGUUUGAAUCGCCUUUCCCCUGACUGGGAGGAUGGAAAUGAAAGUUCUUUGUGAGGGGAAUGUGGUACAGGAGUGGUAUUGGGAUAUCCUGACUUAUCGGGAAGCCUCUGCCACUUAAUGACAGCUCUCAACUGAAGGGGUAGAGAGGCUUAUAUAGGGAAUUUUAGGGGUGGAGUUUUCCCAGGGAGAAAAGGAAUUGGUUAAUUUUUCCCUGUUCAGGGAUUGGUCAGGGGCAGAGAUGGCUCUGAUUUCAGGGCCAAACUGUAUUUCUUUCACUGGUUCUUUUUAGCUUUUGACUCUAAUCUUAGGACCAGGGCAUGUUUCUUUCACGGGCUCUACUUCUAGGAAUAAAGUGUGUUUCUUUGACACUAGUUUCAGAGCCAGGACACAUGUCUUUAGUACUAGGUUCAGGGAUAAAGAUGUUUCUUUCCUGACUCAGGCCUCAAAUACAGGGUAUGUUUCUACUGGAUCUGGGUUCAGGGUCAGGGUGCUCAGUGAUUGAUCAGUUUCCUGCCCUGCUAUUGGUUGGUUCAGUUAGGCAGUUGGGCAGGGGAAGAGGUGGCUCUGCCUUCAUGGCCAAACUAUGUUUCUUUCGCUGGUCCUUUUUAGCUUUUUUACUCUAAUCUUAGGAUUAGGGCAUACUUCUUUCACUGGCUCUACUUCUAGGGACAAAGUGUGUUUGACACUAGUUUCAGAGCUAGGGCACAUGUCUUUAGUUCUGGGUUUAGGGAUAAAGAUGUUUCUCUCUCUGGCCUCAAUCUAGGGUUUGUUUUUUUUUCUCUAACUCUGGGUUCAGAGUCAGGGUCUCAGUGAUUGGUUGGUUUCUUGCCCCGGUUGUCCCUUUUACUUUGUGACUCCUGCAUUGCCUAAAAGACAAUUGUGGUGUAUAAGCCAUGGAGGGAGAGUGAACAACAUGAGAAGAGACUUAAAAUGUAAAUCAUCAGGACAGUGUGUGAGUGUCUUUUUUUUCCCUAACCCUCAGACAGAAAAGUCUUAGCUACACCGAUGCUGUGGAUUUCCCUUUGAACACUGUGCUGCCUGAAGGCUGGCCCUCCGGUCUGCAAUAAAUGGACUCUGCAUUUGGUCUGAA